AUGCUAGUCUUUUCCACGCCAUCUUCUAUGAAAGAUAUAUACCGAGAUCAACAAUUGAAUCUCAAGUCCGGAUUAUAUGGUACAGGGGCUCUGGGACCCCCGUCCCUUGUUACGACUUUGGAAGGUGACCAGCAUCGUGGCUUACGCAAAGCUUUGGCAAAUGCACCAUGGACUAUCGGCCCGCUAAAGAACGCCUGGGAGUCACGCUUCGACGACCAAGUCUCACUCUUCAUCAAGAAGAUGAACGAACAUGCAGAGGCCAAUCGUACCAUAUGCAUCUCAGACAAGGUAGCCCAUUUCGCCGCUGACAUACUGGGCAUGAUCUCAUUUUCACAUCCAUUCGGCAGUGUCGAGAACCAACGCGACGAGAAAGAGCUUCUGGCGAAUUUCCGCAAAGGCCUCACUUUCUUUGGCUUUGCGGGGAGGAGUCGCUUCUUCAGGGAUACCAUACUGCGCAUUCCCGUCGUGGGACAGUGGUGGCUACCAGUUGCUUCGAAUGAUUCAGGGAUAGGAUGGCUGAUGUGCGAAGCGGACCGUCAGGUAUCUGGUCGCGAAAGGGAGAACGCCGAGAAGCAGUUCGAGGGCCAACGCGACUUUUUGCAAUACUGCCUUGAUGCCCGUUAUUCGGACGGCUCUUCAUUGACUCCUGUACAGAAGCGUGCUCAUGUCACACUUCUAAUUCAAGCGGGUGCAGACACUACCGGUACUGGAAUGGGCUCGACACUUCGGUUCAUUCUUACUAAUCCGGCGGUUCUCGCAAGAGUACGCAGUGAAAUAGAGGACGCGGAAGCAAGUGGACUCCUUUCGACCCCGAUUCGCUACGAUGAGACACGCGAACAUCUCCCCUUCUUUGUGGCAUGCAUCAAAGAAAGCCUUCGGUUAAAUCCACCGGCUCCAAAUCUUUUUCCAAGAAUCGUUCCCAAGGGAGGUAAAGUCAUCGACGGGCACUUUGUACCAGCAGGAACAGAGGUCACGAACAACGCGUGGACUAUACAGAGAAACAAGGAUUUCUACGGUGCAGACGCUGAGGAAUUUAAGCCUGAGCGAUGGAUGGAAAACGAACAAAGGAGCUUCCGGCUGGAGGCUGCUCAAUUCACAUUCGGGGCGGGGCCUAGGGUGUGCCUCGGUAAAGAGGUCGCUAUGCUAGAGAUGCACAAAUUGCUUCCGGAGAUUAUCCGUCGUUUUGACAUGGAGGUCAAGCACCCGGGCAAGUACAUUGUCAAUGGUGGAGUCGCGUACAAUGUCGGCUUUCUAGUGAACAUGACAACCAGGAACAUUGCGCCCUAA